AUGGACACAGACACAGGCAUGCACAACAACCAGCACAAAACCAACAGUUCAAAAUCCAGCACCACAACAACAACCAAAACCAACAGUUCAAAACCCUGCCAGCAACCAACAGUUCAAAAUCCAGCACCUGCACCACAACCAAAACCAGCACAACACCACAAACAGAGCAAGGACAUAAAAGAAGUAGAGAACAAGGAAACCAAGAAUUCUUAA